GGCUUCUGAGAUGGAAGGGCACCUGGGGUUAGGAAUGCGUCAGCAUGGAAAGACGGUAGCUUGGAUCCUGCCGGUAGCCGCCUCAACGCGAUGCAUAAUUUAAUGCUGUACGACUUAGCGUAUUGUAUUUGCGGGAUGAAGUACUUUUGUAGGCUGAAGGGGUUGGGAUGAAUUACGAUGAGACACCUAUACUCAUACCAGGCACCUCUAUAGUAAUGUGUGGGCGAUGUAACCAUGUAUAGGGGAUAAGGCGAGAGUUAGGUGAUGGCAUUGCCUCUAUGAAAGCCCGGUACUGUGCUGUACUCGUCCGCCUAACCAGCACCUAAAUCAAGUACCUAACCUCCUGAUAGUGUGCUAAAUCAAGGCAUGUACCUGAUCCUAGGUACAUACAGGCAGGUCCGGCUACGUGGGUGGGUGUGCUCCCAGGGCACCUGAGGUAAUCUGUAAAACCCCACCAACUGCCGGUCGCAUAGUACGACUACAGAGGGCCCUCUAUCGAGAAUGGACAAUAUCCAUGCACCCACGGUCCCUGCGGGGCCCUCAUCGCGCCCGCUGGCGAACGGCAACGCAAAGCACCUCUCCUUCGCCGAACUUCAGGUUAAAAAAGAGAGCUUAGAAGCUGAGCUGAAGGCGCUGGGUGGUGUCCUCGACUCGCACGGCGUCAACAUGGCAACACCUUUGAUCACACCGGAUGGGUUUCCUAGGGCCGACAUUGACGUCGCGCAAAUCCGCACCACCCGAGCACGCAUCAUCCACCUCAAGAACGACUACAAAGAUAUUAUGAACACCAUAGAGAAGCACCUCCACGAACACUUCGCGAGUAUCCAAGACACCGAAGAGGCAGCGCCCGCGUCCACGUCAACCGGUCGCGCAGAAAAUCUAUUGGGUGACUCGAUUCCGGCGACUCUAGAAGAGCCCUUCGCAAAGGUCAACAGCGUUGCUGCAGGGAGCCCUGCAGAGGUGGCCGGCCUCAAACCUGGGGACGAGAUUCAAAAUUUCGGAUAUGUGAAUAAGGCCAACCACGACGACCUGAAGAAGGUGGCAGAGUGUGUGCAAGGAAAUGAAAACGAGACUAUACUCGUCAAAGUGUCCCGCCGAGUUGAGUCAAGUCGGCGACAGGAGCUACAGCUCAACCUAGUACCCCGACGCUCUUGGGGAGGCCGAGGCCUAUUGGGGUGUCACAUCAUACCGCUAUGAAAGAAAGGCUGACAACCCAAGCGAUGUUGGGCGAUGCUCCUUUCUCUAUUCCGGCGGCGAUCUAUGCCCUCUCUUCUCUCGUGGCAGCAUAAGACAAGGUCAGAGCAGCUUCAGCUAGGCCAACGAGAUGUAUAACUAGGUAGUCAUGAAUGGCACAUGACUUCUUGUCGUAUCAUUACGAGGUUGGGCUGGACUGUGGGCGUGAUUAGGACUCCUAAGCAGAU